UCCUUUUCCUUUUCAAUGUCUAGUCUCUUUAUUUGAGUAGUUUUUUUUUUUUUUAACAAUAAGCUAUGGCAUAGCUCGAUCCUUAGCAUCCUUAGCGAACUGGACCCUUAUUAAUGCCUUAAUCAGACCCAGACAUUUACCCCGCUUUGAAGCUAACAAUAGAUGUAAAUAUUGAGCGACAGGGGAGAAGAAAAAAAAAAGAGGAAAAAAAAAAAAGUCAGGCAUUACAAGACAGACUUGUCCGUUUAAUCUGUUCAAUCAGAAGUCGCCUCCUUCGCCUUAACAUCUCCACUACUAGUUAACUCAUUAACUCGUUAUACUAAAACGUCUUUAACAGCCUUGGGCGCGUCGGCUAGAUUUAGAAUUUCCCACUACUAUGAAGAUGUCCGAGGGCGACGGGCAGAAUGGGGUCCAAAUAUUGACCACUCAGGCUCCUGUGCCCAGGAAGAAAUUUGCGAUCCCUCCCGUCAAGAACGCCUGUCUUUCCUGUCGCGCCUCGAGAACCCGAUGCAACGGCGAACGCCCAUGCGCAAGUUGUGUAACAAAGGAUCGCGAUUGUGUUUAUAAACCUAGCAGACGAGGAGGGCCGCGCAUUCGAAAGAAGGCUCGACCUCUUUCGGACUAUCACGAUCUAGCUAUCUCGCUCCCUACUCAUCAAGAGGAAAUCCCUCAAGAUGCCCUUCUUAUCGAGAACUAUAUAGAACCUGGCGCUGGCCUUAAGCCUCUAGCAGAUAUCUGGAAAGAUAGCGACGCUAUAUAUGAUAAUCUAUUCCAAGAUGCUCUACCGAAUCCAUUGCCCAAUAUCAGGAUUCCGAUGGUUAGAACCUAUGGAGGGAAUGAUCGGGCCAUAUUAAAUGCCUAUUAUAUUUGGAUUCAUCCUUAUUUUCCCAUUUUACCACCUCCGGAGACGGCACCGGAAGUUGACCAAGUCUCGCCUUUGUUUGAAAACCAGAGGGGCAAGUUUGAGGAGCCAACUUCGGCUAUCAGUUUGGCCAUCUCCGCAAUCUUAGCCCUCAUACCAUGUCCUCAGGAUCCAAGUCCACUUGAACCGGACUCUAUUCUUUGGAGACGCACGUAUUCGCAGUUUUUCGCAAAGGCAGCCUUGGAGAGUAUCGAAAGCGAGACGGAACGACCGGAAUCCUCCAUUUCGCCGCCGAGGGCUCUCGAUGAUUCCGACGAUGAGGUCUUUAGAGAAAAAUUCCACUCACAGGUUCCUUUGGAGUUAGAAAGUAUCAUCGCUCUCGAUCUCCUAAGCGUCUACGAAUAUGCCCAGCGCGGUAACUUGAAGAAAAUGCGGGCUAGGGUCGGAGCAGCCCUGGUGGCAGCCAUGUCCCAAAUGCUCCAUAUAGACAAUGACGAGGAGGACGAGUACUCGGAAGCACGACGGCGCACAUGGUGGAUGACGUAUAUCUGCGUCUGCCAAGGCUCGAUUGUUAGCAAUACGCCUCCGACCUUCGAAGUCUUCGCCUCUAGCUUCACCGCCAAGUAUCCUACGGUCAAGGCCGAUCCAGGGGCAUGGCCAUUAUUCGUCGAAGCUCAGCAAGCCAUCUUGGCGGCCACCCAAUUUGUUAUCGAUUUCAACAAGGCCAGAAAAGAGCAAUCAGAUAUGACUCGUAUCUUCAAUCGAAUGAAAGACCUCGAACGCAUUCUGGAACCUCUCAUUACUAAAUCCGAAUCAUGGAUACUAAACUGCCCACUAACGCAGCCGGUCGACAAAAGAGAAUCGGUCCUAUCGCAAUCGUUGCGGUGCAUUGCGCGCAUCAAGCUAAACAGUGCUCGAAUCAAAGUCCACCGUUAUUGUGCCUUCUUCGAUCUCGCCGUAUUUUCAGCUAAGCACUGCGACCUGAAGAGCACAACUGAAAAGCAGCAGGUCGCUAGCAGUCCGGAUGUAAUUCAGCUCCAGUCUUGCUGCACCACUCUAAGCAGCACACCUUCUGUCCACUCGAGCCCGUCUGGUGGCUCCGUGUCACCCACGCUCUCCAGCCGGUCCACUCCCAACGCAGACUGCUGUGGUUUCACGUACCAGCCUACGCCAGUUAUGACCUUCCCGUUCAGCACCCACCAGUCAUCCAAGAUUUGCCUGAAGUCAGCCCUGAAUAUUGCACAAGCGUUCGACUCCUUACCGUACCCAAAUCCUACGGGCUUGCUCUGCGAUACCCCUUGCUACAUAGGGCCGAACUCUAUGUUGAUCACGCCAAGGACGAUGCCUUCGUUCGCAUGUUGCGCAAUGCAGUGCAGCUAUGCGUUGCUCAUGGUUAAGGAUAGAACGGAAACGAUGUAUCCGUCAGCGACUGGCGAAGCCGGUCCCCUUGUCGAUAACCUUCGUGACCGCCUUCAACAAGGGCUAGUUUCCAUCUUGGUAACACUGGAGAACUAUGCUACAGCCUUCGAGGCCUUGGGUGGAAUGAGAGACCAAAUUCGCGAUAAGGUUGAUUUAGCAUUAGGGUUUUGAUACGAAUUAUGACAUUUCUUUGCCGUAAGGUAUAAUUCAGGGAUAUCCAUUCAGUGUUGGGCUAUUGCUUGGGCGCAUUCUUUAUAUAUAUAUAUGUUUGGAUGCUUCUCCUCUCUUUGAACUAAUAUACCACGAAUUCGCUUGAAGGCUAGGACAGAUUUAGCCGGAAUGCAUAGAUACAUUUAUGGCUAGCGAUUAUAAAUUGUGGAAAUCAGGCAGGUACCUGUGAGGCUUUUUGAAUAAACACAAUUUGUGUAAGCUAAAUCGCAAAGGUGUUUGUUAAAGCGGUACGGGCCAGUCAUCCUUUUCAAAGAUGGAAACGAAAAAGGGGGCUGCUAGGCAUACUAUUAAUGCUAUUAGUUAAACCCUAUAUAAUUAGAAAUGGGAGGUUAUUACAUAUUGUGAUGAAAUAUCUGCGCA